UAUUUCUUCUUUUUCAAGAACAGUGAACGAUAGAGGACUGUAACUCCAUUUCUCGUUGACUUCAAUCCUCAUCGCAUAACGUUAAUUGCGUGCGUUUGUUUUUGGUUUCCCAUGUCCAGCCUACAUCUCAAUGUGGACAUACACACCAUAAAGAUUUUCUCACAUCUUCUCCUAACAUUCUAUAAAUGUCUCCUUCCACUGCAUUCCUUCCUUCCAUUGUGUCUCGUAUCAUCUCCACACUAGUGUUUCUUUAGUUGAAUAAUAUCGCUAUAACAUGGCAUUUGCCAUGUUGAUUUUGGCAAUUUCAUUGGCUCUGGCUGCCGGGAACGCUGACGCGGCCAGUCAGGUUCCGGCCAUGUUCGUGUUUGGAGAUUCGUUGGUCGAUCCAGGUAAUAACAAUAAUCUGAAGACACUGGCAAAGGCGAAUUUUUAUCCGAACGGGAUCGAUUUCCCAGCUGGUGUUACGGGAAGAUUCUGCAAUGGUGGCACGGUUGCUGAUCAUUUAGGCAAUCUGCUCGGUUUGCCGUUGAUCCCACGGUUCAGUGAUCUAAGUACCAACGGUUCAAAAAUACUACAGGGAGUGAACUAUGCAUCUGCGGCUGCCGGAAUCCUCGACGACACUGGAAAACUGUUUGGCGAUUUAUUCUCUAUGGAUGAACAAAUUCAGAAUUACCAAAAGACCCAUGAGGAAUUGAAGUUAGAGCUGAGAAGCAUCAAUGGAGGAGUAGUUGAGGAUUUUCUUCGGAAAUCUCUCUUCUUUGUUUGCACUGGAAGCAAUGACUACCUCAACAACUACUUAUUUCCAUUAUCUACCAAACCACUGAAAUACACCAUUAAUGCUUUUCAUGAAUCAGUCAUCCAACAAUUCACCAGGCAGCUCAAGAGUCUUUAUGAUUUAGGCGGACGGAAAUUUUUAGUUGCAGGACUUGGACCUCUUGGUUGCAUUCCAAGUCAAAUAGGAUCCUCAAGCAAAAAUUUAAGUGCAUGUGUUGAGACGACAAAUGAAAUAUCGUCGCAGUACAAUGCGAAGCUGAAAAUGGCGAUUAGAGAACUCAAUGAUAAUCUCGCCGGCGCCCAUUUUCUUUAUUGGGAUAUAUACACUCCAACAUUUGAAAUUAUCAGAAAUCCAACUCGUUACGGUUUCAAGUACGCACACAAGGCAUGCUGCGGUGGAGGACGAUCCAAGGGUCAGAUAUUGUGCUUGCCAUUGCUGCCAUUUGAAUGCCAAGAUCGGUCCCAGUUUGUGUUCUGGGAUCCAUAUCACCCAACGGACGCUUUCAAUGCGAUCGUAGCCCAACAAGCAUAUCAAGGAAAAUUACAGAGCAAAGAUCCCAUGAAUGUGCAACAGCUAAUUCAACUAUAAAUAUUCAUACUCGUUCGUGAUUUGUAUGUUCUUCUUCUAUCAUACGUUUGUAGCCGUUCAAUCCACGUCACCCUUUUGUUUAUCUUUUGUGAUUGUCUUUCUACCUCUGAUAAACGGACUAGAUUACAUUUUGUCA